AUGAUGAUCAGCGACGGCUUCGGUCCUGCUUCCGUCACCAUGGCUCGUACUUUUUAUCAAUUUACACAUCGAAAGCCUUACGAUUAUCCAACGCCAUUGGAUCAAAUUCACGUAGGAAAUUCAAGAACCCGUAGUUCUUCGUCACUGAUAACGGACAGUGGGGCGGGUGCGACAGCCUUUAGCUGCAAUCUGAAAACCUACAAUGGAGCGAUCGGUGUGACUCCUGACAAGAUACCGUGCGGUACUGUCCUCGAAGCCGCCAAACAUCAGCAACGCAUGCUGACAGGACUCGUCGCUACAUCACGUAUCACACAUGCGACACCGGCUAGCUUCGCAGCACAUGUCGAACAGCGUUCUCAGGAAAACACGAUUGCUCUUCAGGAGAUAGGCGAGAAUCCUUUAGGAAGAAGCUUGGAUUUGAUGUUUGGCGGUGGUUAUUGCCACUUUUUGCCGCAAACUCUAGGAAAACCAGAAAGCUGUAGAACAGAUAACCGAAACCUGUUCGAAGAAGCCAAAACCAAGUACAAUUGGACCACCCAUAUGGAUUAUGAGAUCGAUCGAGAUAAUGCAACACAGCCAAGUUUGUCGGAUAUGUCAGCAAAAGCCUUGGAUAUACUGUUCAAAGCAAUAGAAGAUAAAGAAGAAGGGUUCUUUCUUAUGAUUGAAGGAAGUAGAAUAGACAUGGCAGCCCAUUCGAGCGAUGCAGCCACGCAUUUGUAUGAAAUUUUAGAAUAUCAAAAAACCAUUCAACUUGUCAAGAACUAUGUCGAUCAACAUCCUGAUACCAUCAUGAUUUCUACCAGUGAUCAUGAAACAGGUGGUCUUUCCUUGGCGCGUCAAGUCUCUCCAGAAUAUCCUGUCUAUCUUUGGUAUCCUGAUGUAUUGACCAGAGUCAAAAGCUCGACGAUACGUCUGGCCAAGGAAAUCAAGCAAAUGAAUCCUGAUCGCGACUCUCUUGUUAAUCACUUCUUGAAAGACAAGCUGGGGAUUACUGAUCCUACAGAGGCGGAAUUGAAGACUCUGUUGGACGCUAAAAAUGGGACCGAGAACAAUUUGGAUUUGUAUUUGGCCGACAUGGUGUCUUUACGAGCACAAUUAGGCUGGACGACGCAUGGUCACAGUGGUGUUGAUGUCAAUUUAUACGCUUAUGGUGCGGGUGCAGAGCUACUGAUCGGUAGCUUCGAAAAUACUGAAGUAGGAGAGUUUAUCACAAAAGCACUUGAUUUAAACUUGACAGACAUCACCGUACAGCUGAACAGCAAGAAUGCCUCUUUUCACUUGGCGUCAACAACAUUGUCAGAAGAAUCAAAACUAGCUUACGACGAACAUUUAGAUCAUUAUCAUGAAGCUAUUCCUGAUCAUUUAAAGCACACGGUUUUCGAGCCCUAA